AUGGCUUCAGCGAAUGUAAGCGCGCGUGUAUAUGAGCUACUAGAAGCUUUAAAAAAGGAGUUUGAUGAAGUUUCUAGAAAAUCGCAAAGUUCGGAGCACCAUAAAGAUGAUUUCGACUAUAAAGGAAUCAUUUCAUCUCAGAUUCAAGAGAUUGCUCUCAUGAAACAAACGGUAAUGGAUCUGGAGAUGCAACAAAACAAAGUCAAAGAAAGAUACGAAGACGAAAUUGCUAGGUUAAAAAACCAACUGGAGAAUCGGCGGAAGGAAAUUGCUUCGGGAAAUCUUUUUGGUCGCAGGAAAAGCAGUGUUUCAGUAGGAAAGCCAAAUUUAUCUGAAUCCACAAAACCAACAAUUUCUGCUAAUGGAAUCAGCGGGUCUGCUCCGACGAGCUUACGCUCCCCUGCCGUUGACUCUGAUGGUACCGCCUUAGCACCUCUCCAACUCCCCAAUUCAGAAUUAGCCUCUCAAGGAUACCCUGGCUCAAUGGUGAAUCCUUCAAUUGUAGGUGGACUUGAUGGUUCCAGCGUACGAUCUUAUCCCCAAAGCUUGCCUCUGGGACAUCCUCCAGCUCCUGAAUCUGCUUAUGCUUCAUCAGGACCCCUUGGUGUUGCCGGUGCUAAUGGCAAGAUGAAUGUGAACCCACCUCUUCCAUCAGAGAUGAUUCCCACAUCUAGUUUGACGAAUAACGAGGAGAAAGAUUGGUCUAUGUCCACUUUACGAAAAGACAAACAGUCUCCUAUUUCUGUCAGGCUGCUUCAUACUUUGGAGCACACUAGUGUCAUUUGUUAUGUUCGUUUCAGCGCAGACGGUAAAUACCUGGCUACCGGUUGCAACCGUGCCGCCAUGGUAUUCAGUGUGGAGACUGGCCAGCUAGUUAAUCUUUUACAGGAAGAAUCUGCUGAGCGUGAAGGAGACCUCUAUGUACGAAGUGUCGCUUUUAGUCCAGAUGGUAAAUUCCUCGCCACCGGAGUCGAAGAUCGUCAAAUUCGGGUUUGGGACAUUUCUCAAAAACGUGUCUACCGGCUUUUAACCGGACACGAACAAGAGAUUUACUCGUUAGACUUUAGUAAAGACGGUAAAACGUUGAUUUCGGGCAGCGGGGAUCGUACAAUAUGUCUUUGGGAUGUUGAAGCUGGCGAGCAAAAGUUGAUCUUACACACAGACGACGGUGUGACUACAGUCGCCUUUUCCCCUGAUAAUCAAUACAUUGUCGCUGGUUCCUUGGACAAAGUCAUACGAGUUUGGACAGCCUCCGGUACCUUGAUAGAACAAUUAGUCGGCCAUCAAGAGAGCGUUUAUAGUAUUUGCUUCUCACCUGACGGAUCUCACUUGGUCAGUGGUAGUCUUGAUAACACAAUUCGAUUAUGGGAGCUUCAAGCCACAAGAAGGAUACCCCCGAGCGCAAUAAAAGAAGGAGGAAUCUGCAAGCAAGUAUUCAGCGGGCAUAAGGAUUUCAUUUUGAGCGUUGCCAUGAGCCCUGAUGGAAAAUGGAUAAUUAGCGGUUCCAAAGAUCGAACAAUUCAGUUUUGGUCUAUGGAUUCACCAACGUCCCAGCUUACUUUACAGGGUCAUAAUAACUCUGUCAUUUCCGUUGCCAUUAGUCCCAAUGGACAUACUUUUGCGACUGGAAGUGGAGAUUUACGUGCACGAAUUUGGUCUUAUACCGACCUUUAA